CCAAAGUUGGACAUUGCUGGAUAUAUUGAAUUUUUGAUCCAAGGAUGGCUCAACAUGAAAAGGAUUUCCAAAGUGGAUAUAAUUCAUCCUGAGGGGGGCAUGCAUGUCUGUAACAGGUUUAAUGGCAACAGUUUUUGACAUUUUACCCGAAGCCACAAAAGGGAAUCUCAUAAGGGCGCUAGAGGGAAAGUCGGGAUCAACAAAACCAUCCAGAGUUUGCCUUGACCAACUCCUUAUGUCUGAAGACUCGAGCAGCGAUGAAGAAUGGUGUAUCUCUACAAAAAGGCAGGUGGAUGAUGCACGCACACUGGCAAAAUGUUGGGAAUGUGGCAAAAAAUUCAGCAACAUAAAAAACUUGAUGUCACACUACAAAAGCCACAAUAUUAAAGCCACCUGCCACAUCUGCAAGAUUAUUUUCCGACGCCUGACGUCACUCUCCACGCACCUGGAUAAUGCACACUCGCCGCCCCUCUGCAAAAAGUGCCAUCAAUCUUUCAGUAAUGUGUGGGAAUUGAACAAGCAUGCAGAGAUACAUUGCAGUGGCUCGGCGCCUUUUAAAGAAGCUCCCUCUUUGAUUUCUGCAGUCAUACAUCAGAGUCAGAACCCUGGCAUCUUUUCUGAUGAGGUGACUGUACAGCAAAGUAAAAACUCAGUACCGUGUAACUCAAUGUCAGAGUUGAGGCCUCAGCAAACAAUUGAGAUGAGACCUGAGACAUCUGAAAACAGUGUAGAAUAUAUAGUGGGUGAAGAUGAUAAAGACAUUGACAUGGAAAGUGACUGUGAGAAGCUAGAUGAUUCAACAAGCUCUGAAUCUGAUGAUGAAGAUAAGACACUUUGUAAACCUACAAACAUGUGUCCAGAUGAUGCAGAAUCAGAUGGUGGCUCAAGUUCAGCUGAUAAUUCCAGUGACUCUUCCAAUAGUCUGCACUCUAAACAAAACCCUGCAGCCCUUCCCAGUGUUAAUAGUUCAAUAUGUGCUGCAUGUGGUAGAGGGCCAUUUAGGUCAAUGAAGCUCCAUUUGCUGCACUGUAGUGGUAUAAGGGUAAAAUAUCAGUGUUCACUGUGCAAGACGCUCUUUCUAACUGAGACUGAUCUUAAUGAGCACUAUAUGCCUUUGUAUUCCUGUGACAUCUGUGGCCAGGUUUUCUCUCACGAGAGCUUGUACCAUCACCACCAGUGUCCCAAGGAAAGCAAAUCACCUUUGGUCUUCUUUUGUUCUGAGACGAUGCCGAAAGCAUGUAACGUAUGCAGAUCCUUUUUCACUUCUGACAAAACUUUGUUAAACCAUGUUACCAGAGUCCACACAUCAGUGGUCAGCACCAAAGUAUGCAUUAUUACCAAUCCAUCAGCAUUGACCGAUAAAAAGGGUUCAGGUUUCCAUGGCACUGCAGUCCAGUCCACCGUCAGUAGUCCAGAUGUAGUCAACCAGGUCAGUAACGGGAAGCUGCAUGUUGACCAAACUUGUGCAGGCUCACUGUCCACUAUUCUGAAGUCUGACACCGACCCAACUUCAGCAACUGCGACCUCUGACCCCGUCUCGCCCACUAUUAUGGCCAUGUUCGAGAACGACAGCCAAGAUGUGGCUUUGAUGAAACGUAUGAACACAGGCUGGCGCUCCAAGGUCCCUUACCCCUGCAGGCAGUGUGGUGCCAUCUUGCGGCAGCCCUCCCUCAUCAUUAGCCACCGCUACCUCCACCGAGGCCGCCGCUCACACCAGUGCCAGUGCGGCCGAGCUUUUAAGCACCGGCUGCACCUCCUGCGACAUUGUGUUCAGCAUGCGGAGGCCAUAAGCUACAUCUGCGUCAGCUGUGGGGAGACUUUCAUAGGAGCCAGACUCUUAGCUGAACACAUGAAGGGCAAAUCACAGAAAAAGUCCCGUCCUUCCGGGCGUCCAUGGAGACGUAAAGUUAAGAAAAAAUGCAAAAUGCCCUUUACAUGUGACUGUGGACAACUAUUUUUUAGGCCUUCUGCUUACAUAUGGCACCAACUUCAAAACUGGACAAAAACUAAACAAUUGAAGAAGCCCUUGAAAUGACAAUGGAUCAACACGUCUGGUUUUCGCCACUCUUCUUCAACUUUGUCCACCACAAUUUAAAUCAAACUGUUAAAUUAAAAGGGAUGUUUCACACAUCAUCUGAUUGUCACUAUUUUGUUUAAUUUGUGUGUUACCAAGUGACAAAAUCAAAGCAGAAUCACAUACAUGUUUUUUCUUAAUAGUUUUUAAUUAUAAGCAUGUCCUGGAUGGUUGUUAACAUGUUUUCACCAUGUGCAAAUGAUACAUAGUAAACUGUUAUAAUAAUAAUAGUAAUAAGUUCUUUUGACAACACAAUUGAACCCACAAGGAACUUUUUUCAGUAUUUGGAUUAAGUUAAAACACAUAAAACUCCAGUUUAUCCUCCAGAGAAAGAGCUAGUCCAGUUUUGCUAUUUUUCUCACAAAGUGCAUUUUUAACAGUGAGGUUUGUACGGGGGGUUUCUGGGGCCUCUUGUGUUCUGUUUUUCAGAUUUGUUUUCACAACAGCCUACACUUCAAUGUUAUGCUCCCAUGAGACAUUGGUAUUCGGAUUAAAAAUAGCAUAUAACUUUUU